GUUUACUCAGGACAGAUGUACUUUGCUUACUGCGUGGAAGACAAUAUUGGAAUAACGGGAAGUAAAAGCUACCGUUUGUAAACAUAGUAUAUCCACGCUUACUUAACACACAGAGCACGUAACUGUAUAUCCCAAUUCAAUAAGAAAUGGAAACAGAUAUGAAUGAAAAAGGUGUCGGAAUUGGAAGUCUGUCGCUUCUGACUUUGGCAGAUUUGGCCAUUGCAUUACAAGACCAAGGGGAAGACCAUAACUAUGCCAGAAAUUAUGAUGUUCCACAAACUUUAGAUGAACAAUGUUUACGAGUGAAAGAAAAAGAUCACAAUUAUUCUACAUGUAGUAGAACAGAACUUAGAGGAAGAGCAAAAUACAACCUGAAAAGAUGUUCAUCUGAAGAAAAUUUAACAACUGUCUCUACCUCAGAUAACGUAAAAUUAUCAGUUAAUGACUUCUCCCUUAUUUCUAAAAAGAGCCAUUCUUGUGAACAGGUUGUCGCAGACUCCUCAGCUGACAUAUUGAAAGCGCCAUUGGUUGAUGAGGGAGCUUCAAAUAAGCUCUGCAGUUCAUGGCCAAAAGAAAACACUUUCAAAGAGUUUAUGAAUGAUAACUUGGCAAAAAACAUUGACACAGGUCAGCUUUUCAGUCAGCAAACUGUCUGUGACCAUACUUAUGCUCGUGAUGAAAGUUCCCUUAUUUAUACAAGUAAUGAUCACACUUGUACUAAAUCUUUUGCAUGUACCGAGCCUCAGGAUCUGUUUCGAAAUGAUCACAAUUAUGACAUAAGAGGAAAGUUUUCAUUUAAUGAUCCUGAAAAGUUAAAUUCCAAAAAGUCAAAGCAUUCAAAGUGUAAUUUGAACAUGGAACAAAGUGGAAAAGCAGAUGCAUCAUUAUUUAGUAUGCAUGCAGUGAAGAACAAACUGUCAAAUUUUGAUCACAAUUAUAGUUUUCAUACAAUACAAACACAUCAACAUUUAGGGUCCGUUGAGAGUCUAGAUAUGGAUUUAUCAGAAUCAGAUACAGAUUCCUGUGAAGAAACAGCAGCAGAAGAGGAAAAAAUCUACUAUAAACAAAUGUUGAACACACAAAAGGACCAUCCAUACUCUAAGAAUGAGAUAUUGAGUUUUUGAGAAGUGAUUGUUUAUGAUUGGAAAACAUGCGAGGGAUAUUGUUUGGUACAGAGUGAAGAACUAGAAAAGUCCUUGUUGAUUAUAAGUGUUUCUCAAAGAAGACUUGUGUGAUGCCUGUGAUGAGGAUGGAUGCUAAUAUAGUAUACUUGGACAAUGUGUGAUAUAUAUUGUAUUGUGUGUGACUUAAGUCAUUGUACAAAUGGUAAUGUUGUAUCUGUUUUAUGUUUAUAUUUUUUUUUUUUUUUUCUCCAUGAGCUCACAGUUCUAGGGUUUUAUUUUAAGUGUACAGUCAUUGACAAUGUAACUAUGUCAAGUCACCAUCCCAAUGGCCAGUAGUCAACACGUCUGUGCUGAAAUGAGUUAUCAUUGAUAUGGUCAUAUUUGUAAAAUAAAUGUUAACACAACUUUGAAUUGUCCCAACUAUUACAGUCAGGGGUACUACUUGUACAAGUUAUUUUUAUUUAGUUGAAGAAGUAAAUAAUAAUAUACUUAUACAAGGAAAUUUGUUAUAUUCAUAUUUUCUUAUAAAGCAUGUGUAAGGUUUGAAUAAUCUCCCCUAAAUUUUCUCAAAAAAUUUACUUGUAUAAGUAAUUUAUUUUUACAAUCCCAAAAAUUCUCAAGUUUGGGAUGUAAAAACAUGCCUUAAACAAUUUUUCUCUGGUUAGCUCAUAAUUUUUUAUUAAAGUUCAAUGUUUCAUCUCAUUAAUUCAACAGAGAAACUAAUUGUACAAGGCCUUCAAAAAUUGCCCCUUCAAUGAUUAGUAAAGACAUCUGCAAAGGACAGACAAUUAAAAAUUCUUUUAGGGCAUAGAAGUCCUGAGAAAUUCAAGAAAAGAAGAUAGUAUGACUUUUUUACUUGUAUAAGUAAAAAAAUCUGAAAGUCUAAGGGACAUAACUAAGCCAUUAAAAUAAUUUACCUAUACAAGUAAAUAAAAUACACUUGUAUAAGUAUCUUUCAAAUUUUACUUAUACAAUUACAUUAAUAUUUACUUCUUCAAGUAAACAAAAAUAACUUAUACAAUAAGUACCCCUGACUGUAUUAGGGAUUUACUACCCCGGGAAUAGUUUAUACCUAGUAAAUUAGCUGUAUUUGGCGGAACUUUUCAGAAUUUUGUGUCCUUAAGGCUCUUAUUUGGUUCUUUAACAUGUUUAAUGUUUAUAUUUCGAGCAUCACUAAAGAGUAAUGAGGUUUUUCUUGGUAUUUUGGGAAAAGACCCUGGGCAGUUUUGGAAAUUUUUUACGAGACUUUCAAUAAAAUUGGGAAAACAACAAAUAUACCAGAUGUGAGUUUUAGUGUGUUUAGUUCUUCAGAAAAUAACUAACAGAAACAUGUUUAAAAAUAUUUUAUUUUAGUAUCAAAAUACCGUACUUCAUUAAAAAUAUUUUAUUUUAGUAUCAAAAUACAGUACUUCUUUAAAAAUAUUUUAUUUUAGUAUCAAAAUACCGUACUUCUUUAAAAAUAUUUUAUUUUAGUAUCAAAAUACCGUACUUCUUAAAGUGCACAUGUGAUAAGAAUUUACUGCCUUUUUCACCUUCAAAGUGAAGAGCUUAGUUUCGGUAAGGAUAACUAAUGGAUUUA